AUGUCGUCGGGUCCGAUUUUCUCGUCUCUCGUCACGGACAGCUCUCGGAGCAGCCGUAAGAAGUCUGACAGUGCUUUAGGCACAGAGUUUACUCUAGUGUGUGACCGUGUCCCUCUUCGAGACCCUUCUCCUACCGUCCAGCGGUUUCUCUGUUUUGUUUUCGACAAUGGAUCUGGAGCUAUGUCAACACUGCCGAUUGAUGUGGGAGGGGAGGGGAUUAGCUUGUCAGACAUGAAGGAGGUGAAAGCCAUGCCCCACAUAGCAAGUGGCUGCACAGCGGUCUGCCCCCCCCCCUUGCCACCCAAACCUGGGAAGGACACCAAACAAGUCAUCCUCUGGGGUGGCUUGGACAAGAGGAGGUGGUGCUGUUCAAAUGACCUGACUCAGGUUGACAUCACCAUCACACCGAAGACCACCACAGCCAAGGUCUCCAUCCUUCCAGGGGACAAGCAGGACGGUGUCCCAUCUCCGAGAACUGGCCACACCCUUGUGGCCAUCAGCAGCUUGCAGGCUAUUCUGUUUGGCGGGCUGGAACUGGCCAGCAGACACGUGGGACUCGGGACAUGUGCGCAAAGCUGUAAAGAUGGGUACUUCUAUCUCCUCGACAUGACCACACUACGCUGGAACAAACUGCCUUUACCACCACUGGUCCCAAGAGCGUACGACUCUUCCACAUGGGUACCUGCGUCAUCUACCAUGGUGAUUGUAGGUGGAAUCACAUACAGUGGUCACUGCCCAUCCGAGCGUUUGUCAGUCUCAGAUGUAGUGUGCCUUAAGGUCUCUGAUACUAGCCAGUACACUCUGACAGAGAUUCAUAUGGAGGGGAGAGAGCUCCUACAGACCCUAAACCAGAGGGAUGCUCAAUAA